AUGGAUGCUAUUUUAGAGGAGCUACAGGGCCAUUUGCUUCAGGCGCAACAUUCAAUGAAAAGGACCGCAGAUCUCAAGCGUCGGGAUGUUUCUUUUGACGUGGGGGAUUUGGUGUUCCUGAAAAUCAGGCCCUAUCGCCAUCGUUCGCUGGCCAAGUUUUCUAAUGAAAAGUUUUCUCCGCGGUUUUAUGGUCCCUAUAGGGUCGUGGCACGCAUCGGGGCUGUGGCGUAUCAGUUGCAAUUGCCUACGGCCGCCAAAAUUCAUCCGGUCUUCCAUGUAUCGCAACUUAAGAAAGCUAUUGGCGUCCCUAUCCCGGCUCAGGAGGUUCCGCCAGUUUUGGCACCAGAUUUAGAGUUACGGGUGGAACCCGAGAGGUUAUUGGCCACUCAUUUUUCUAAGGUUACCGGGCAGUUGGAGGUUCUACUUCAGUGGCGUUACUUACCGGAUUUUGAGUCAUCUUGGGAGCUCUUUGAUGUCAUUCAACAGCAGUUUCCUGAAUUUCACCUUGAGGAUAAGGUGACUCUUUUGGGGGGCAGAGUAGUUGAUAAGCCUUUGAUUAGGCAGGUUUACGUAAGGAAUUGUGGGGGUAGUGGUUAG